AUGGAUAAACGGGUCAAUUCUAUAACCAGCAGCACCACGCAGGCUAGUACUUCCAAAUCUACGAAAUCGCAACGCACUGAAAUCAGCAAAUUCGGAACGAGGUCUUCCUCGACCUCCCACUCAACGCAAACCAGCUCUUCAACUCGAUCGGCACACAGUGCCAGUAGUGUAACAUCCGAAAAAAAUUCUUUCUUCAAGAAUGAGUCAGCACCAACUACAAGCGGCUUGGGCGUGACAAGGUCGACUACUACUUUUCCGGCACCUACUGAAUAUAAACCGGCAUACAAGGCACUUGAAAUAGAUAAAUCACAAAAUACCAAGACUGCAAGACCAUCGAGCGAAUUGUCGAAACCAUACCAGUCGGUGUACAACACUUACAGAUACGCAACGGAAAAGAGUAAGAAUGAAGAAGCAAUUAAAAAUAUCCUCUCGACAUAUCUGGAACCGCGCUCCUCACGUAACAAUACACCAGUUGGUAAAUCUUCUACUACAAAAACUGUGUGGCCGCCUCCCAGUUCGUCAAUAGUCACUGGAUCCAAUGGACAAAGUGGCACAAGUUUAGAACAGCAAUCCUACAGCUUGUUCAACAAACCUUCGAAUCUAUCUAAUUCUAUACCAUACCCGCCAUCCAAUGGGUACACAAAUGGCCUCGUGCGAACUCCCAGUGCAAUCGGCAGCGAUGCCAAGAUGCAGUCGAACAGCAUGAUCUCGCAAAGAAAUGCACCAAUUAGAGCACCUUCGAUUAGCAGCACAGCAAGUUCUAGCUCAACCGAAGCGAAAUACGAUCUCAGCAACGGUAAAGCGUACGUGCUGAUUCUUCACCACAAAAAGUUUAAGGAAAAACGCGACGAACGUCACGGUAGUGAAAAGGAUCUGAAACGCUUAAAGGAAGUGUUCAAGGAUUAUCGGGUCUCUACGUUGGAUAUCUGCUCGGACUUCACAAUCAAGCAAGUACAGAGCAAAAUGAUCGAAAUAUCGAGAAAGGACUUCAAGAAAUGCUGUUGCCUCCUUGUGUUCAUAAUGAGUCACGGAGGACGAGGGGAAACUAUAAAGGCUUACGAUGGAAAUUCGUAUAAUUUAGAGACGGACAUUGUGGAUCGUGUACUGAAUAACAAUACUUUGAAGGACAAGCCAAAGUUGUUCUUCAUACAGGCUUGCAAAGGAAAUGCUCUCAUGGAGACGGACUGCGUUCCGUCAGCAACCAACAAAAACGACAUAAUGAAAUGCUACUCCACGUACGAAGGUACUAUGGCUACUCGUGAUCCAGAAAGAGGUACGAUUUUCAUACAGAGUCUUUUUGACCUGAUAGAAAACAACAAGGAUAAAAACUUGCGACAAAUAAUGCCUCUGUUGAGAGAUCAGUUCAAGAAGGAACGAGUUCAACAAGUGCCUACCGAUACCUCAACAUUAAGCAAAGAAUUCUACUUCGCAGAUUUGCUUAGUAAAUAG